UCAGUGGGUCACAUGAUCUGGAAGCUAUUGAAGGAAAAUGCAAAUUUACGACCAAAAGAAAAUCCCCCCAAAAAUCUCAAAAGGCUUAAAAGAGGGAGCAAAAGAGAGCAGCUCGCCGACAUCCGAGUUCCUGAAUGGGAUCAACUGUGAGCUAGAUGCCGCUAACUCCGCGGAGCUUGAAUAUCCAAUAUCCAACUUCAAACUAACUUCAACGAGGUAAUACACCGUUUUUCAAGAGCUGCAAGAGAACAUGUCCCCUUCGGACACCAGCCGCAGAAUGUUAUUCAUCUCCGUUUAAACCUCACACAUGCAUCAAGCUUUAAAAACAUUCUGCAGUUGCUGCAUGACGAGAUUCUAUUUCUGCCAUAUACAACAAACUGAGCAGUGUGAUUGAAUGCAUAACAAGCUCCACAAGCACUUCUCUUCGCACUUCUCUACGACAAAGGAGAAGGACGGGUAGGAUUUUCAGGAAACGUCACAUCAAGAGACACCAGAGUCAAUCCAGAUCACAAUGAUGGUGAAUGUUCUGCUGUCGCUCCUUCCAGUGCUGACAGGAGUAUGUUCGCUGAAACUUAAACCGUUAUACACCAGGGUAGGUGAGAUGGUGGUACUGCGCUGCCCUCAGAAAAACAAUGCUAACACUAAUCUUUCAUGGACCAGUCAGACCAGACAAAGGAUGAAUCCGACCAGCAUGUCAGGAGAAGCAGCUGAUGGCAGUCAGAUGGAUGUGCUGCUUCAGGGACGCAGCCUUGUAAUUCUCAGAGCCUCUUUGAGUUAUCAAGGAAACUACUCAUGCUCAGUAAGAAAUGUCAGCAGACAGUGGUUCAGUCUGAUUGUGUACGAACCACAAUCCAGAGAGUACGCAGAGAGGAAUCGGUAUUCUACAACAUGCUACACACAAGAGUCCUGCACACUCUAUUGCCCUACAGCGAACAUCCCAGCUAAUGAUACUCCCAAAAUCAAAAACAGCAAGAUUACAUGGCACAAGGAGGGUACAACAUUACCAACACCAAUUCAGUUCCCAAGUGUGUUGGAAAAAGACGGUGGUAUCUACACGUGCAUCAGAUCUUUCCUAUACAACAGUCAAAUUUACAAUAUGAGCUUCACGGUGGUACUGGAAAUCCAGCCAAGCAAACAUGGAAAAUCUAAGAUCCUCUCACCUCAGCAAAAUGAUGUGUUCCUCGUAGAUUUAGGCUCAAAAGUGGUAAUUGACUGCAGAGCUGUUAUGCAUUCAGAGUCUGAUGACCUGUUUUGGCUAAGUGAGAAUUCAUUUAUAGAUACUAACGAGAGCCUACCUGUUUUCAACAAUUAUUCAAGAACCAAAUAUAUAGAUGAAAUAAACAUGGCAGCCUCUCUAGUCUUCAGAGACGUGUCAAAGGAGGAUUUGUUGAAGACAUACACCUGUAAACUGGAAACUAGUCACCAACACUCAAGUUUUAUCACCAUCUCUCUGGCUGAAAAAGGUCCUCCAGCCUACUUUUUCCCGAAUGCCGUUGUUGUCCUCUGCAUGUUGGCCUCUGGUACUGUGGUUCUGAUCAUUUUGCUGUUACUGGGAUGCUAUAUCAGAGGGUCCAAAUUUUCCAGUUGCAAGGUCUAAAAUGCUCCAUACAGCUUGUAUGGAGCUGCACACUUGAUAGAGGUUUAUCAUAGCUUAUCAUAACAAAAUAAUUUAACACUGUGGCAAAAAUAUAAUUUAUAUAAAUAUACAUAUAAAUAUAAUGUAACUAUGCUGAUAUAACCGUACAAAAUUAAAGCUAUGUAUAUAUAUUUAGUCUAUUUACACUGAGUACACUUUGUGUUUUUAAGAUUGUCUUAAGUUUCAAAUUUUUCUUUUUUUUUUUAACCAUGGCUCAGAUCGUCAUUUAUUGUGGAACAUUAAAUUCCAUCACCUGUGCAAAUAAAUAUGUAAAUAACAGUGUA